AUUACCACGUGCUUAUAAUCCACCAUGUGAAUCUUAUCAUCAACUUCGUAACAUAUCAUAUUCUCAAUUAUCCACUUAUCCACCUGUAAAAAUAUUUAUAGGAAUAUUCACCACCAUAGAAACAUUUGAGAGGAGACAUUUAUUGCGCACAUUAUAUCGAUACGAGAUAAAUACAAGACAAUUCAAUAAAUAUAUUGAAAACGAAAAUAAAGAUUUGAUUGAUUAUAGAUUUAUAUUAGGAAAAUCAAAUAAACCAAUUUCAGAAGAUAUUAAAUUAAAAUUUAAGAUAGAAAAUGAAGCUUUUCAAGAUAUUAUUAUAUUAGAUGAUGAUGAAAAUUUAAAUGAUGGAAAAACUUAUUAUUAUUUUAAGUGGGUAACAGAAAAUUUAAUUAAAAGAUCAGUUGAAGAUAAUACCUUGAAUGAAUACGAUUACAUAGUUAAAACUGAUGAUGAUUCGUUUAUAAAUCUUAAAAACCUGGCACUAAAUUUACGUCCUUUCUCUCAAUACACAAAACACCUUUAUUAUGGAUAUAUGAGAACCACAAAUCCUGAUAGUAGUUUAAAACAGUAUGCAACUGGAAUGAUUGAAGUUUUAUCAGCAAAGUACGCUGAAAAUAUAGGAAAUUUAAACAUUUCAAAAGAAGAAUUAAAGAAUCAUCAUGAAGAUGUGUGGCUCGCUUGGAUAUUAAUGGUUAAUGACAUGAAUGAAAAUUGGAUUGAUGAACAAUGUUUAAUAUAUGAUGAUCCUAGAAUGUUAAGAUAUGAACCAAGUAAAGGUAGUUUAAUUUUUCCUCAAACCGUGACUAUUCAUAGUUUGAAGGAAGAUUGGAAAUGGAAAGAAGUUAUUGAUUAUUUUUACGGAGUUUACUAA